AUGUUUGCCGGCGCGCUGACGCAGCGACGGCUCGCCCGCCUGCUAGCCGUCGCCGCUGGUGUCUUCAUGCUGAUAGUCUUCGUCGCGCCGAAAGGACUGCUCGAGAGCCCCUGGAGUCCAGAAUCGUCGGACGAGAAGCUCAAGCACGAGGCGGACCGGCAGAUGGACGUGCUGACGGUGGCGGAUACCAACACGGGCAAGCGCCGCUUCGUCAUGGACCGCCUGCGCGCCACCUUCACGCGCAACACGUGGGGCUCUGACCGCCAGCGCAAGGCCGCCGCGGGGUUGCGCGACGCUUCCGCGGACGGCGCAGGCGGGGGAGGCGGAGGAGACGGGGGAGGGGUUGGCGGAGGGGUUGGCGGAGCGGGAGCGGGCGCGCGGCGCGCGGAGGAGGUGAAGCAGCCGGAGGAGGUGUCGGGGGAGAAGGUGGAGAGCCGGCAGAAGCCUCUACCGGUUAACUUGCCGGCCGUUAAGAAGAAGAAGCGGAUGGGACCUUUUAGCCGGCGGUCGGUACUGGAGAAGUCGGCGGAAGAGGCGCUUCAGGCGGGGCAGAUGGCGCUUCGGGAGAUGAACGCGGAGUUGGAGAGAUUAGAGACGUUGGAGCGCGAGGGGAAGAAGGACCCGCGCGCGGACGGCGCGGAUGCUGUCAAGGCGUGCCAGAGAGCUAUAGUGCUAACGGAGGGGGAUGAGGAACUCAAAAGCGGGGAUAUUAAGUUGCCCUGCGGGAUGCGCGUGGGAUCCGCGAUCACGGUAGUGGGCAUGGUCCCGUCCGCGCCUGCGGAAGCGGGGCGUGGGGAGGCGGCUCUGGGGCAAGGGGGGACAGGCGCGGGGGAGGUUGCGGCAGGGGGGAUGGGGAACAGUAGUGAAGGGUCUGCUCUGUCGUUUAUGCUGGAAAUACUGGGAGGGAACGACAAGCAUCCACAGCACCUUCUCCCUUUAUCCUUACCUGCUCUCACCCCUGUAAUGGGGCGGAAGCACGUGCAGCAGCAGCAUCCCGCCUUCACCCUCCUGCAUGCUCUUUCUUCCACGUCUCCCCUCUCCCCACUGCGGUUCACCUUCCCCCCACUCCCCUUCUCCUUCCCCCACUCCCCUUCUCCUUCCCCCCACUCCCCUUCUCCAUCUCCCCACCCCAAUCCCAUUCGUCAGGGCCUGGUGGUGUGGGGCGAGUCCGUGCGGUGCGAGGGGUUUGCCUCCACAUACCACGAGGAGCGAGUGGACGGGCAGAGGCGGUGUGAGAAGUGGUCGCGGGAGAGGGCGCGUACAGAGGAGGACCAGGAGCGCAUGGAUGGUGCUGAUGGCGCAGAUGCCACCCACCUGGACACGGAGAAGCUGUCAGGGUGGCAGCGACAGGUGAUGAAGCAGGCGGACAAGGAGGUGACGGAGGAGUGGCCCUUCCCCUUCCACGAGGAUCGUCUCUUUGUGCUUGUCGUGAGGGCUGGCUGGGAGGGCUUCCAUGUGUCGGUGGAUGGCAACCACGUGGCCUCCUUCCAGUACCGCUCUGGCAACCCGCUAGAGGAGGCGACAGCAGUGGCCAUCAGCGGGGCCAUCCAUCUCAAGUCAUUUGUCGCCACGUCGCUGCCGCUCUCCCCUCCGCUCCGCACGGCGGACCUGGAGGCCAGCGAGUCCCUCAAGGCGCCCGUUGUGAGGAGAGACGCCAACGUGAGCAUGUUCAUUGGGAUCCUGUCGGCCACCAACCACUUUGCCGAGCGGACAGCUGUGCGCAAGACGUGGCUGCAGCACCCGCAGAUUCGCAGCGGGGAGGUGGUGGCGCGAUUCUUCCUUGCUCUGCACCCCAGCAUCCAGGUGAACGUGGAGGUGCACAAGGAGGCCGCUUUGUACGGCGACAUGGUUGUGCUGCCGUUUGUUGACCGUUAUGACCUCGUGGUGCUCAAGACCAUCGCCAUCUGCGAGUACGGGCUGCGCAACGUAUCAACCAACUACAUAAUGAAGGUGGACGACGACAACUUUGUGCGGCUGGACGCCGUGUUUGACGAGAUCCGAUUCGCCAACCACGCGAGUGGGCUGUACAUGGGCAACAUCAACGAGUUCCACAAGCCGUUGCGUGAAGGCAAAUGGGCCGUGUCUGAAGAGGAGUGGCCGGAGACCAACUACCCACCGUAUGCCAACGGGCCGGGGUACAUCAUCACGCGGGACAUUGCCAGCUUCAUCGUGCGCAUGAAGGAGUACAAGAUGCUCCGGAUAUUCAAGAUGGAGGACGUGAGCAUGGGCAUGUGGGUGGUGCAGUACGGCAUCAACAACACCAUCCACUACAUCCACAACUGGCGCUUCUGCCAGUUCGGCUGCAUGGACGACUACCUCACCGCGCACUACCAGUCGCCGCGCCAGAUGCUCUGCAUGUGGACCAAGCUGUCCCGAGGGGAGGCCCGCUGCUGUACCUAG